ACUAAAAAAGAUAUGAUAUGAGAUAGAAAGGUAUCAGUGGCUGAGAGAGAGUUAGAAAGAAAUGACAAGAUUGGGGAAUGGAACUGGAAAAUUACUGCCAUUUGUGGGAAUGAUGGUGGCUAUGCUAACUCAAAGUGGCAGCAUGGUGGUAAUCAAAGUUGCCAUGAUUGAUGAUAUCAACAAAUAUGUCAUGGUUGUCUACUCUUUUGCACUCUCCACAAUCUUGCUUCUUCCCUUUGCCUUGUUUCUCCACAGGUCAGAACGUCCUCCUCUCACGUUCUCUGCACUCUGCAGCUUCUUUCUGCUUGCAUUCUUUGGGAGUUCAGGAACUAUAAUGGCUUAUGUUGGAAUUGAACUGAGCUCGCCGACACUUGCAUCAGCCCUUCUUAACCUCGUUCCAGCUUUCACUUUUAUACUUGCUCUCAUUUUCAGGAUGGAAGAAGUACGGUGGAGGAACUCAAGCAGCCAAGCUAAAGUGUUAGGAACAGUAGCAUCAAUUGCAGGAGCAUUUGUUGUGAUACUGUACAAGGGUCCUCUCAUCUUUAAGACGCAUUCGACUAACUUUUCUAACCAAAUCCUUCAAUUUUCAGCACAGCUAAAUUGGAUCUUAGGAGGGAUAUUCUGCAUUGCAGAUUCACUUUUUACUUCCAUGUGGUACAUAUAUCAGGCUUCGGUAGCAAAGAAAUACCCUGCUGUAACAGUGAUUGUAUUCUUCCAACUCUUAUCUUCAACCGUGCAGUGUGGAGUAUUUGCCUUAAUUGCUGUGAGGGAUCCGACUGAAUGGAAGCUCAACUUGGAUAUAGGGCUGAUUGGCGUUCUAUAUCAGGCAAUAGUUGCAACGAUGAUACGUUACCUACUAUGCACAUGGUGCGUCCUUAAAGCAGGUCCUCUGUUUUGUUCUAUGUUCAAACCUGUGGCAAUCAUUUUCACCACUUUCAUGGGUGCAAUCUUUCUUGGAGAUGAUUUCAGUCUUGGAAGUUUGAUUGGUGCGGUUAUAAUCGUGGUUGGAUUUUAUGCUGUAUUGUGGGGGAAAUCGAAAGAGGAGAAUGAGAUUGCAAAAGGGGUUGAGAACUUGGAGUCACCAUGCCAUAAUGUUCCUUUGUUGCAAGAUAGGAACAGGUUCAAGCUGUGAAGAUUUUAUCACCUUAUACUUGAAAACUUUUGGAUACUAAAAGUGGCUAGUCAGGCAAGCUAUCUAUAGAGUUGAUUAAUGACAUAUAUUCAAUUAUUUUAUCUAUAUGAA